AUGGCGUGUUUCAGCAAUCUUCUCGUCCUCCUGGCCUUCUGGCUCUCCCUUCUCGCCCCCGCCACCUCCACGCCGCUCCUGAGCAAGGCAGAUGUUGGAAAGACGAGCUCUAUGCAGUUUGCCCACAAUGCCGAUAACCCUCGCCAUGGACCGUCUGAGCACCUCCGGACCCUGAAGAAGUUCAACAUCCCCAUUCCCGAGCGCCUACAACAGGUUGUCGACGAGCACAAUGCCAAGCUCGCUGCUAGCAACAAAGCUGCGACCGACGGAGGUGGUGUUCCCACUGUCUCAAACUCCGGCGAUCUCAUGUGGCUCUCGCCGGUGGGUGUUGGCACACCACCGCAGCAGUUGUAUGUGGACAUGGAUACGGGCUCCAGCGACUCCUGGGUCUUCUCCACCGAUACUGCCAAGUCUGGUGUAGCCGGCCAGACUCUCUGGGACCCGAGCAAGUCUUCCACCGUCGUUCCAAUCAAGAACUGCACCUGGUCCAUCCUCUAUGGCGACUUCUCGAACUCGGAGGGCAUCUGUUACCAAGACACGUUCUCGCUUGGGGAGCUGGCCAUCCCGGGCAUGACGAUCGAGUCGGCGACUAAAGUCUCCAAGAUGUUCACUGAGUCGAAGGCAAUGUCCGGUCUCGUCGGACUGGGCUGGUCCAGCAUCAAGCAGACCGAACCGCCGCAAAAGUCGCUUCUGGAGUUCCUGCCCGAUGUGCUCGCUAACCCGCUAUUCACUGUUGACUUCCAGCACAACAGCACGGGUACGAUGAACUUCGGCUACAUCGAUCACAAUUUGCACACGUCGGACAUUGACUACAUCGGCGUGGACAACAGCGACGGGUUCUGGGCUGUGAAUAGCACGGGGUUUGCCGUUGGCGGUGUUCCCCUGGCGUACACGUUCCAAACGCCCAAGACGGUGAUUUUGGACACUGGAUCGACUCUAUUUUUCGCGCCAGACGCGGCCGUCGACACGUACUUUGACGCCAUCCCCGGCGCCAACUUUUCAUACGAGCAAUACGGAUACGUGGUUCCCUGCCACGCGCAAUUGCCGGACUUCAUCUGGGAGAUCGGCGAUGCUACGGGCAAGAAGGUGACCGGCCACGUCCCAGGAGCCUACAUUCCUUACCAGACUGUCUCUGAUGAGCUGUGCUACGCCGGCAUACAGUCUCUCGACACCUUCACAGGAUUGCAGGGCAUAUUCGGUGACAUCUUCCUGAAGAGUGGGUUCUUUGUUUUCGACAUCGCAGGGCAGAAGCUCGGCGUGGCUACGAAGACCCUGAACACGAGCAACAGCAAGCGUGACCUGCGCAGUGAGUUGGGUGCAAAUAUGAAGGUGGUGGAGCUUGACUAG